CUCGCACACACCACCACCGCCACCAGCCUCAGCAGCAGCGUCCCUCGUCGCUUUGCUCGCCCUCCCACUUGCUCCCCCUCCUCCUCCUCCUCAUCACUUCGCACUCGCCUCGUCCAGCGACUGUACCCCGCUUGCCAGUCCUCGCCCACCAUGUCCAACUGGCAGGCAGAUCCCCUCCACCCCAUCGCCGUCCUCGUCGACGAGUUGAGGGCCGAGGACGUCACCCUCCGCCUCAACGCCAUCCACCGCAUCUCGACCAUCUGCAUCGCCCUCGGCCCGGAGCGCACCCGCGCCGAGCUCCUCCCCUUCCUCCAAGAGUCGCUCGACGACGACGACGAGAUCCUCGUCGCCCUCGCAGAAGAGCUCGGCGCCCCCUUUGUCGAGUACGUCGGCGGACCCGACCACGCCCACACCAUCCUCCCGCUCCUCGAGCACCUCGCCGGCGUCGAGGAGACGCUCGUGCGCGACAAGGCCGCCCAGUCGGCCAACGCCGUGUGCAACCUCCUGUCGCAGGACCAGGUCGACGAGUACUUUGUCCCGCUCGUCCGUCGCCUCGCGACCGGCGAGUGGUUCACGUCGCGCACCUCGGCCACGGCCCUCUUCGCCGCCGCGUACCCGAAGGCGACGAGCCCGGUCCAGGACGAGCUCAUCAAGAUGUUCUCCAAGCUGUGUGACGACGACACGCCCAUGGUCCGGCGAGCGUCGGCAAAGGAGCUCGGCGCGUUCGCCAAGAAGCUCCCGCACGACCAGCUCAUCCAGGACCUCCUCCCCGCCUUCCGCAAGCUCGCCGGCGACGACCAGGACUCGGUCCGCCUCUUGACCGUCGACGCCAUGAUCGCCAUCGCCGAGCAGCUCAACGAGGUCGAGUGCAAGUCGCUCCUCGGCCAGUCGAUGAAGAGCCUCGUCACGGACCGCAGCUGGCGCGUGCGGUACAUGGUCGCCGACCACUUUAUCCAGCUCGCAAAGGCGGCCGGCCAGGACAUCGUGCGCGAGGACCUCGUCGCGGCGUUCGUCUCGCUCCUCAAGGACCAGGAGGCCGAGGUCCGCACGGCGGCGGCAGGCCAGAUCCCCGGGUUCGCCGAGCUCACCGACCGCGACACGAUCCUCGCCCGCCUCCUCCCCUGCAUCCGCGACCUGUCGACCGACCAGUCGCAGCACGUGCGUGCCGCCCUCGGGUCGCAGAUCUCGGGCCUCGCGCCGCAGCUCGGCAAGGACGCGACGAUCGAGCACCUCCUCCCCCUGUUCCUCCAGCUCCUCAAGGAUGAGUUCCCCGAGGUCCGGCUCAACAUCAUCUCGAAGCUCGAGGUCGUCAACAACGUGAUCGGCAUCGAGCUCCUGUCCAAGGCGCUGUUGCCGGCCAUUGUCCAGCUCGCCGAGGACAAGCAGUGGCGCGUGCGGCAGGCCAUCAUCGAGUACAUCCCGCUCCUCGGCAAGCAGCUCGGCGUCGACUUUUUCGACGACCAGCUCGCCAACCUGUGCAUGGGCUGGCUCGGCGACCCGGUCUUCUCGAUCCGCGAGGCGGCAACCAUCAACCUGCGCAAGCUCACCGAGGUGUUUGGCGUCGGCUGGGCCAAGGAGACCAUCAUCCCCAAGGUCGUCGAGAUGGGCCAGAACGUCAACUACCUGUACCGCAUGACGACCGUCUUUGCCAUCACCACGAUGGCGCCCGCGCUCGACGUCGACUCGAUUCGGACCUCGAUCCUCCCCUCGGUCGAGACGCUUGCCGCCGACCGCAUCCCCAACAUCCGGUUCAACGUCGCCAAGGCGUUCGAGGUCCUGUCGGCGUCGCUCGCGUCGCAGCCCGGCGGGCCCGACCUCGUCAAGGAGUCGCUCCUGCCGAGCAUCGAGAACCUGCUCGGCGACCCGGACGCCGACGUCAGGUUCUUUGCCGAGAAGGCGGCCGAGAAGGCGAGGGCCGUCGCCAACGGCGAGACGCAGGCCGUCAGCGAGGAGGUCGUCAUGACCGAUGCAUGAGCGGGCGCGCGCUCUUUCCUCCCCUCUCCUCCUCUCCUCCUCGUGCACCCCGUCGUACCGUCCCUACCACAUAGUCGAUCACCCUCUCUCUCUCGCACGAGCUCCGCGCUCUCUCUCUCUCUUUGGCGUACCGCCCUCCCUCCUCGAGUCUUUAGUUCUUUCCUCCCCCUUGCGCUCUCCCUCGCGCCGUUCUCGAUCCUCCCAAGACUGUGAAUUACGAUAAAAGCCAUGUGCUGUACCCUCC